GAAUCCAUUCAGCCCACAAUGUCCAUACUAGCCCUCUGGAAACCAGACUCUUGGAAUUGGUGGAGAAGUGGAAUAUUGCGUUGGGUGACCAGCCCUCCCGUGUGAUGCUCGGACCCAACGGGUCCCACUUAGUCUAGUUAGGGAUAUUUUUUACAUUUACCAAGCCAAUUUUUUACAUUUAUCAAGCCUUGGAGUGUGGGAGGAUACCGAGAUCUUAGAGAAUACCUAUGAGAUCACGGAGAAAACAUGCAAACUCCAUACAGACAGCACCCGUAGUCAGGAUUGAACCCAGGCCUCGGGCAGCAAUUCGCUGUAAGGUAGCAACUCUACCACUGCGCCACCGUGACGGUCACGUGACCGCCCAUAUUCAGCAGCUCCAUGUCACAGAAAAUACUUUGAACCAGGAAGUGGAGAUAAAAUGGCUUCGAAACACCAGGUCGAGAGUUGGACCGACGAGGCAGUUUGUCCCAUCUGCCUGGAUUUCUUCACCGAUCCGGUGAUACUGGAGUGCGGGCACAACUUCUGCUGCUCCUGUAUCACACAGAGUUGGGACAGGGAGGGGAGAAACUCCUGCCCGGAAUGUAGAGCGUUGUUUACAGACCGCACCCUCAAAGUAAAUUGGGCCUUGGCGAGACUGUCUGAGAAAGCUCGAGCACUGAGCAUGAAUCUCAAAGGGAAGGAAAAUAAACUUCAGUGCGAGAAACAUCAAGAAGAACUGAAGCUGUUUUGUGAAACGGAUAAGAAACUGAUCUGUGUGAUUUGUGUAGCUGGGCGGGAACACAAGUCUCACAGCUUCAUGCCGGUUAAAGAAGCUGUUGAAAUCUACAAGGAACAGGUGAAAUCUUCUUUCAAAUCUCUCACAGAAAAGAAAUUAGCGAUCGAGAAAAUGGAGCAUAAACAGAAAGAGAGGAUUUCUGGAGUUCAGGAAGAGUCACGCAACCUUCAGAUACAGACCACAUCCCAGUUUGCUGAACUGCACCAGAUUCUCACUGAGAAAGAGCAGCGCGCACUCGGAGAUAUCCGGGAAGAUGAGGCGAAGAUUGUAAAAACAAUGGAGAAAAAUCUUCAAGAGAUACAAAAGAAUUUAAAUUCCAUUCAGGAGGAACUCUCAAGGUUACAGGAACAGAUAGACCACAAGGACGGCGUGAUAUUUCUGAAGGAGGAAGCUGGUCGCAAGAGCAGGAUUAGUGAUGAAACCAAAACAAUAUCGGUGGUAGAUGGCGCGUUGCCCAGUGAAAACUAUGAUCGCACCUUUUUCUACAACACGGUAUUGAAAGAAACAUCUGAUCUCACCAAACGAGUCUCCGUCACCCUGGAUGUGGAAACAGCGCAUGCGGGGCUCAAGGUGUCUAAGGAUCGGAAGAGGGUGAAAUACACCGGGACCGAGAGGCGUCUCCCUGACACCGGGAAGAGGUUUACAUACUGGGAGUGUGUGCUGGGAUCGGAGGGAUUCACAUCGGGGAGACAUUACUGGAAGGUGGAGGUGGCGGGGAGUCGGCGCUGGAGUCUGGGAGUCGCCGCAGAGUCUGUGGAGAGGAAGAGACGGGUCGCACUGAUCCCGGAGACUGGAUUCUGGAGCAUCAGGCGGCAGGAUGACGAGUUGAAUGCAUUCAACUCCCCUCCAUCCCUUCUCCCCGCCCGUCCCAUCCCCGGGAGGGUGGGAGUUUAUCUCAGUUACGAGUCCGGGACAGUUUCAUUUUACGACGCGGACACCAAGUCCCAUCUCCACACCUUCACUGGGAAUAAAUUCACGGAGAAACUUUAUCCUUACUUCAGCACUUGGGAUGGAAACUGGCUGAGAAUCUGCUCCGGUUCCGCUCCGGGUGUGUAAAAGUGUCGGGUCCCGGGACCGGCGUCAGGAGCGGGGCUCAGGGGCUGUGGGGCAGAAACCCGAUGGACAACAGGUCGGCGCUGAACAAACAGCUCCCAUUUAAUCCCCAAAUUCCUCGUCGUGAAACAAACCCCAGUGAGCGCAGAAAUAAAACCAGCGGGAAUGUAAAUGUGGGAAGAGUGAAAUAAACAGCAACUGAAAUCAGAGCUGUCUGUCUGUCUGUCGAUCCGUUCAUUUUAAUGCGUUAACCGCGUCCGGCAACGG